AUGCCUGACCCGUUCUUUCAAUCUGAUAAGAAGCGAAAAAGACCGAAUAGAGCUGGUCCUUCCCGAGCAAAUGGUGGCGAAGGACGACCAUUGCCCUACGGAAAAGGUCAAAAACCCAAAUCGUCCAGACGAGUAGAAAAAGAUGAAGAGCUUUCAUCUGAUGCUGAGGGAGAGGGAGGAGGUGGAGAUUUAGAUUCCAUGGAUUUCCGAGCUGGGAGGGAAGAUAUAGCAUUCAGUGACGAAGAGCUUAUCAACGAGAAUGAGACUGCUGCCGAGAAAAGAGUCAGAUUGGCUAAAGGAUAUCUAGCAAAGAUCAGAGAUGAGGUGGAAGCUGCCAAUGCUGAUACCAACUAUGAUGCUGCUGAAAUUGAUCGAGAAUUGAUUGCUUCAAGAUUAUUGAAGGAUGUUGCUGAACAAUCAGGCAAAAUUCAUCUACUCAUUGCUCCUCAUGCUACUUCCGCCUCUACUCGUUUCUUACCUACUUCACCACACGUUCCGACAUCUGCAGCUCUCACACCCAAAUACCUAUACGUUUCAACAAAACGAGGAUCAAUCAUUCGAUAUGCCACUUCAACCCUCAAAAAAAUUGGCAAACCAUUUGGUCAGGCAGCUGGCGAAGGAGGUGGGCAUAAAGGUGAGAUAUUAUGUGUAGCGGCAAGUGAAGAUGGCAAAUUCAUGGUAACUGGAGGAAGAGAUAAGACUAUCGGUGUUUGGAAUGUACAAGGCGAUGAACCCGUUUGGAUGACCGCUUUGAAGGGUCAUAAGGAUGCUGUCACUUCGAUUGCUAUACCACCAUUAAAUAACCCAUCUCAUCACAUCCUUUCAGCGUCUCUAUCACGUCAUUUAGCACUUCAUUCAUUGGCGACAUUAUCAGUGAUAGAUACUUUCUUCGGACAUCAAGAUUCCAUACCAUCAGUAUCGACACUAAAGCCUACUUUGGCUGUGACAGCCGGAUCGCGCGAUAGGACCUGUAGAUGGUGGAAGGUUGAAGAAGAAGUGCAACUCGUCUUUAGAGGUGGAGGCAAAACUAAAUCCGAUCAAAGUGGCUUAUUACCUGAGGAGAGGAAAGAGAGAUUGGGUGGUGGUUGGACAGAAGGUGCUGAACCUCAAAAAGAUAGAAAAGGGAAAGGAAGAGGGAAGGAAUUCGUUGAAGGUAGCAUUGACGUAGUGGAAAUGCUGGAUGAUCAGCAUUUCAUCUCUGGAGGUGACAGUGGAUCGAUAUCACUCUGGCACACAGGGAAGAAAAAGCCCAUAUUUACUCAAUCAUUCGCUCAUGGCCUUUCAGAUUUAGUAGAAAGUGAAGAGCAUUCUCUUACCGGUCCACGGUGGAUCACUGCCUUGGCUGGAUUGAGAGGAACGAAUCUUUUCGCAUCAGGCUCAUAUGACGGGCAAAUCCGAUUUUGGUCUCUUGAUCCCUCAAUGAAGAAUUUCACAGCUCUACCGCUCACCAUCCCAACUAGAGGCUUUGUCAAUUCCAUACAGCUCCUCUCGUAUCCAAGUACCACGAUACAGGCAUCUUCUUUCUCUGAUGCAGUUGCUCAAAAUGACCAGACAGGGAAGAAAAAGAGCGAAAUAUAUAUCGUGUCUUCUGUAGGACAAGAACCUAGAUUGGGUCGAUGGAUGAAUGACAAAGGAGCUAAGAAUGGAAUACUUGUAGGACGAGUUGAGCUGGAUGAGGAUGGAAUGAAGAUGAUGAUCUAA